UUUUUCAACCCCCCUAAUAGGUAUUCUUGCUCUAGGUACUACGUGCAGGCAUUCUUGACACUAUACUGUGUCAGUUGCCAGGGGGCUUGUGCCGGAACAACAGACGGAGGCUCUAGCAGCGCCAAGCCCCGACUGCUACAACGAAUACCAUACUACAUCCACCACCACCAUUACCUGUUCGUGUCGGAUUGA